GCACGGCCUUCUUGUGUGUGGACGGCAGCACAUCACUGCGAAAGUUUUUAUUUUGUUUUUGCAGUUGUUUGAACUGUACUUUUUUUUUUUAAUAUAUAGGUGUUCAGUCUUUCUGGUUUCUCAAAGAACCCUGAGUAUCACAUCUCUCCUGUGGCUGCACCUUUAAUAGCCACACAGAUCCUCAGCUCUUUUCUCAGUGUCGCCGGCUGGGAUGCGCGCGGUGUUGUGGAGGCUCCGCGCAUUUUGUGGCUCCAGAGAAGUUUCCGUAUUCUAGGUAACGAUCCGGCCGACAUGCUGCCUCUUUGUGUCGUGUUGCUGCUGGUUUUUCCCGCUGCGGUCUUGGUGGCCGCGCAUGGCGCAGGAGAGCUCCAGGGAUUCUCUUUUCCCGGCGGGAGCGCAGGCUUCGACACGGCAGACCUUUGUAUGGUGGUGACUCCUCCUUGUAUGAAUGAGGCGGAUCGCUACAGCCUGGAGGCCUUGCGGAGCAUCCACCACAUGAUGGAUGAUGACCAGGAUGGAGGGAUUGAGGUGGAAGAGAGUGUGGAGUUCAUCAUAGAAGAUAUGAAGCAGCAGCAGACCAACAAACACAGUAACCUUCACAGAGAAGACCAACACAUCACUGUAGAAGAACUCUGGGAGGCCUGGAAGACUUCUGAAGUGCAUAAUUGGACUCAAGAUGAUGUGCUUCAAUGGCUGAAGGAGUUUGUAGAAUUGCCACAGUAUGAGAGGAACUUUAAAGACUUCAAGGUUGAUGGAAACACACUCCCCAGGAUUGCAGCAAACGAGCCAUCGUUUCUGAGUGUCCAGUUGAGAGUUCAGGACCAGAGGGACAAACAGAAGCUCAACAUUAAAGCACUGGAUGUGGUGCUGUUUGGGCCUCCCACACGUCCUCCUCAUAAUUACAUGAAGGACCUGCUGUUAAUUGUCUCGGUUGUGAUGGGAGUUGGGGGUUGCUGGUUUGCUCGGGCUCAGAACAAAGCCAGUAAAAUCCACAUAUCCAAGAUGAUGAAAGACUUGGAAAGUCUGCAGAGAGCCGAGCAGAGCCUGAUAGAUCUGCAGGAGCAACUGGAGCGAGCCCAGGAAGAGAAGCGUAAUGUAGCGGAGGAGAAACAGAACCUGGAGUGGAAGAUGCGGGUUGAGAUCAGGGGGGCGCAGGAGGAGGCCCACCGCCUGCACCAGCUGAGGCAGGGAGCUGUGAGCGAGCUCAGCCGCCUCCGAUAUGCAGAGGAGGAGCUGGAGCAGGUCCGUGGGGCGUUGAAGCAGGCGGAAAAAGAUAUGCAGGCUAACUGGUCUGCUUCAGAGGCCCUCCAGCAGUGGCUGCAGCUGACUCAUGAGGUAGAGGUCCAGUACUACAACGUCAAAAAACAGAGCGCAGAACUAAAGCUGACCACUGCCAAGGAAGAGGCAGAGAGGAUUAAGAAAAAGAGGAAUUCUGUUCUGGGGACUCUCCAUGUGGCCCACGGGGCCUCAUUAGACCAGGUUGACCAGAAGAUCUUGAAGGCAAAGAAUGCUUUAUCUGAGGUAACAGCCUGCCUAAGGGAGCGUCUUCACCGCUGGCAGCAGAUCGAACGUCUCUGUGCCUUUCCCAUCAUCAGGAAUCCUGGUCUAUCCAACCUCACUGCUCAGCUGUAUUCAGACCCAAUCGCUCUAGGGUUUCCUCGCAUGCCAUCCUGUUCAUGCCAUAGCUCCAUCCAUGGAUCUAUAGAGGAUCUGUUGGAAGAGUCUCCUCCAAUUUUAACACAAAUGCCAGUUCCACCGCUGAAGCGUUCUCCUCGAAUGCUCGGUUCCACCAUAUGUCGUUCACGUCGCCCUGGUCUCAUCACUCAGCCAUCUGCCACCAUGAUCUCCUCGGACCCUGACCUUCUUAGCCCCAUCCAAGCUUCAUACUUGCGUAUUGAUGAAGACGAUGGGCUCUUCUGCAGCACUCUAAAGAAACAAGAUUCUCAAGAAACAUUCUCAGAUCCAGACUAUGUAACUUCACCUCCUCUCACUAAGAUGUUUUAUAGUCCCACCACUGAUUCUAUUUCUCGAAAGACCUACCAUGAUGAAACUGACCUGCUUGCAGACAGUUGCAUGGCCCAGCCUUCCUAUAAAGAAGAAGAAGCUUUUGCUGAAUUUCCAAUUCAAAAAAUCUCUGUAGAAGAGAUACAAGCACCUUUAGAGGCCACUUCAUGGAAGAUGUCAAGAGACACAGCACUGGAUAUGUCUCGAGAAGUGCCAGCUGUAAAAACAGGUAAAGAUGACUCUGUGAUAGACACCAUGUCAAUGAAGAUAUCUCGAGACAGAAGUGAAUUUUCAGCAGAUUCAUCAGUUAGAAAGGGACUUUCGAAUGAGCCAGAUUCAACAGAGCUUUUAUCCAGGAAGCCAGAAAGAAAUACAAUGGACACAGCUGGAAGGAAUAUUUACAGAGAUAAAAGUGAUUUACCACUUGAUACAUCAGUUAGAAAGAUUCUUUGGAAUGAAUUUGAAGCAUCGAGUGAAAUGCCAUUUAGAAAGAUAUCGAGCGAUAUAAUGGGUACUUCAGUUGACAGUGCCUCAAAAAAGCUGAUACAAGAUGGUGGUGAUGCUCCAUUUGACACAAUAGGAAGGAAGAUUAAAAGAGAUUAUGGAAUGUCCUUGGACACAGGUUCUAGAAAGCUUGCUUUGGACGAAGAAGAAUACCAGCUUGAAUCUACUGCGAGAGCAAUGUCAAGAGGUAAAAUGGCUGAGGUCUCUGGAACUCUACCAAGAAUCAUAUCUCUAGAUGAGCUGGAGGUUCGUGCUUUAGACAUUACUUCCUUCAAGACACUUUCAAGAGAAAAAAUUGAAUCAGGUAUGGAUACUCCUCCUCAUAAGGUAUCUACUGAAAUGCCAGAAUGUGGUUUGGAGUCAUCAACAUGUAGGAGAAUGAUGAGAGAUGAAUUUGAGAUGCCAGUCAGUUCUCUCAGAAAGAGAAUACCAAGAGAGAACAUUGAGAGUCUUGCAGACAUGUCCCUACAUAAAAUGUCUUGGGACUGUGUUGAUGUGCCUAUGGAAAUACCCAAACAAAGAGUUCUGAGGGAGGGGGUAGCUGUUUCUGAGUUAAGCUCAUCACCGGGUGUCAGUGGCCAACCUGAUCUUACAGUAACAUCACAGAUGCCAUGGAAGUCAUCACCAGAGGUCUUUGGUCCAUUGAGCCAGCUUGUAUAUGAUGGAAUCCUGGAAAAGUCCUGCAGUUCUGUUCCUGCAUUACCAACAGAUCCCUCUGCUUCAACACCCAACUUACUCCAGAGCAAAGCAUUGGGAGAGAUGGAUCCACCAUUGCCACAACCAAGAGUUGCCUUUCCAUCUCCUGCACCAGCUUUCGAGAUGGGACAUGAAAGGAAUAAGGAAAAAGAAAGAGGAAAAAAGUCUUUAAAGCUCAAAAAUCUUUUUAAAAAGAAAAAUGAGUCAGAUUCAGAGAAGCUUCAAAGUGGGCUUCAGAAACUCUGACGAGCAGAUAGAAUGAUUUUUUUUUUUUUUUAAAUAAGGGAAUUAAAAAUGUCAGAAGUUCCCUUAUUGCAUACACUGGGAAAAUAAAAGUGUGAGUUUACAUGAUUUAAAUGUGUAACAUAACUGUAUCUUGAUUAGAUACAGGUGAAAAUUAUGCCAUUUGGACUCGUAAUCAUGUGUAACCGAUGCACAUAUUUCAAGCAUGUAAAUCCAAGAGAUUUUUCUUUUCUUUUAGUGUAGCUUUGUGGGUAUAAAGCAUGACAUUUGGACGUUUUAUAGCUAGCAAUGUCUGGAAUAUUAAACAUAAAAUUAAAGUAAAGAAAAGCUAUUGUUGCUUUCCUCAGUGAAUUGGUGUUAAAGGCAGUGAUGAAAUCAGGACUGUUUUUGGUAACUUGGUGGGCAAGGAAAUCAAUGCAAACCUGAAAAGGUGUUUAAUAAUCUGCAUUAAUAUCACUUACUUAAUAUGCAUUUUUUUUUUCCCUGUUAACACCUACAUGACAUAAGGGUAUAUUAAUAUGUUUUAGUGUAGAAUUCUGUGCUUGCUAAAGUUUAGGGAUGAGAGGCGUGCCUUUUGUAAAACAGAGGUAAUGCUUCAACUUAGUUGAAAUGUCUGUUUAAGACACUUAAAGCAGGAAAAUACCAUACAUUUUGUGAAAUCUUUUUGAUUUACCAAAGGAUAUUUAAUUGUUUGCUUGACAAAUGAGUUCUGAUUAAAUGUGACACAUCCAGUAAAUUAUCUUGUUAUAUUACUGGAUGUAUGUCAAAAUGAAAGCAUAUAAAUGCAUAGUUUAAAUAGAUGAACUGUUUCACUGUAUCAUUUUGUUUACAAAUAAUUGUGUAAUGUCAAAAAUCAAGUCAUACGUGUUUAAAAUCCUGAUUGAAAUACACUCAGGCAGCAUGUCUUAUGAAAUUCUAAAGUGUCUUAAAAAAGUUCAGUCAUUUA